GCCAAUAUCCCGCUGCCAUCUGUCAUUCAUUAACGAUAUGUGCAUCAGUGGGAGCCGCGUGUGCUCGCUUAGCGCUGGAGAGGAACGCACCUCCUCUACAUGUACACAUUGUGCCCUUGAUGUAAUCAUCUGGGAAGGGAACAGCCACGCAGCGCUUUGCUUUUUUUCGAUUUAAAAAGUAUUUAAAAAAAUAAGCUUUUAUCAAACAAUCUUGAAGACCUGUUGGUGAAAACGCGUGUGAAAGGAGGGAUGUAUACAGAGAGGGGACUCCGCAUUUCGAAUUCUAUGACUGAAUAAUAAUGUAGCUAAGAUGACUGCCAUGACAAUUCAAUGAGAGGAGAGAACGCCAAGUGAAGUAUCCCCCCCGCUUACUGGAACGGAGACGAGUGCUCAAGUUACAGAGGAGAGGAAGAAGACGGAGAAGAGGAGUAAAAAUAAGAAGGGAUAAGAAGAGAGGGAGAGGCGGAUAAAGGAGGGCAGGGGAGAAGUGUGAAGGAUAAACGGUGGAUGGAGGCGGCUCGGACCGGGGCUACGGAGCGCUCUUCACCGACGAAGAAGAACAGCGGCAGCAAGGGGGAGAAGCGAUGGAGGCAAAAGGCAGAAACAUGCCCUCAGAUAUUAGUUUCCUUCCCCGUCCAGCAUUGGUGUGGUGCGAGCGGGGCAUCCAGGUGCUGCUGACCACCAUGGGAGCGUUUGCGGCCUUCGCCCUCAUGACAGUGGCCAUCGGUACAGACUACUGGCUGUACGCCCGUGCCUUCAUCUGCAACAGCACGGCUAACUCGUCCCAGGAGGACUCAAACAACAAGGACAAGAAAGACCCUGGGGCACUCACCCACUCUGGCCUCUGGAGGAUCUGCUGCCUGGAAGGUUUGAAGCGAGGUGUGUGUUCCCAGAUAGAUCAUUUCCCAGACGAUGCAGACUACGACCAAGAUUCUGCAGAGUAUCUGCUGCGUGUAGUGCGUGCCUCAAGCAUCUUCCCCAUCCUGAGCGCCAUAUUGCUUCUGCUGGGGGGAGUGUGUGUUGCUUCCAGCGGCUUCUACAAGAGCAAAAGAAACAUAAUUCUAGGCGGAGGGAUUCUCUUUGUAGCUGCAGGCCUAAGCAAUAUCAUUGGAGUGAUCGUAUACAUCUCAGCAGCACUGAGCGACAUCUCCCCAAAGAAGGAUGAAGACAAGAAGUGGCACUACUCCUACGGCUGGUCUUUCUACUUUGGCGGCCUGUCCUUCAUCCUGGCUGAGAUGGUGGGUGUCCUCGCUGUGAACAUCUACAUUGAGAAGAACAAGGAGCUGCGCUGCAGAUCUCGCAGCGACCUUUUCAAGAGCACCACUCACGCAGUUUUGCGACUGCCCAGUUAUCGUUUCAGACGGCGCUCUCGCUCCAGCUCUCGCUCGACAGACCCCCCACGCUCACAGGAGACCUCGCCCAUUGGCACAUCCAAGACCUUCAGCCUGCCUCCCUCUGCUCCACCCUUCUCUGUGGCCACUCUGCCCAACCCGCACCACACCAGCAGCAGUGGAAGUGGAGGUGGCGGCGACAUCUCCAUGUACACCCUGUCUAGGGACUCCAAGCUUGGCAGCCUAGGAGGUGGAGCCCCACCUCUAUAUGGCACGGUGGAUCGCGCCACCUUGUACCAGCUCCACAACUACUUCCCAAAGGAUUCCAGUGGCAGUGGAGGAGGAGGAGGGGCAGUGAUAAGCAGCGGUACACUCCCAUCCCACUCCAAGUCCAACUUGGCGGCGGCAGCAGCUGUAGCCCAGAAUGCAGCACCACUGAAUACCUCCACAUCCUCCACCACACCAGCCCAGACAGCUCCGAUAUCAACAGCCACCAUGGAGAGGGACAGGGGCAACAUGGGAACCCUGGACCGACUGACGGCCAAAAGGGACAGGGAUAGCAACUCAGAUACACUCAACAGGAAGACUACGCCAGUUUAAAAAUAAACCUCAAAGUUGAGGAAUACAUUAGAUGAGAUGUUAGAGGUGUUUGAGGUGAAAGAGGGAGAGUAGGGCUGAAAAUGUGUAGGUGUCACUUCAACUGUAACGUUGCGGUCCUUGAGCCUGGGGUAUCAAACUGCCAUAAUUACUUACCAAUAUCAUAAUCAGUCAUAUAAGACCUGACAUUAUAAGACAACUUCUAGACAACUGCUAAAAUGGUCAUGACUUAAGGUGCAAAACCUUGUUUGUCAGAUAAUUAUACAGCAAUGGUGCAGUGGAGGCUUCAGUAAAAAGGAAGUUUCAUUGUUUUACAAAGUCACUCAUACACAACUGGGAUGUUCCCACUUACACCAGUGUCCCGGUGCAGCAGUUGGGGGUAAGUGCCUUGCUGAGUAGGUAGGGAAGCAUAGUAGUUAUCUAUUUUUCUCCGCUUAUACGUUGAAUCCGCUGCAGUUGGAAUUCAAACUACAACUCAAACAAGAGGACCCGGUAACGCUUUGGUGUUGUGAUGCAUAAGGCGCAAGCAAGUCUGUUUAAACUGAACUGAAUCAAAUUUAAGGGUUAGGGUAAGAGUUUUUUCCCAUCUAGAUGUUCAGUUUAGUCCUGCAGACCACCAAGUCAAUGCUUUCUGGUAUUAUUUCUGGUAUACUUCUAAAAUAAUCCUAAAUAAUAAAAGCACAGUGUGGCCAGAUAGCUCAAGCCACACUUUUCUGUCACAUUCCUGUUUUAAGAAGAACAGAGAGCCACAGACGGUACAUUCAGCCAAGUAACAAACUGCUCAGUGUUGACUUGAUCCAAUUCAAGGUCAACAGUAGCUACUUAACCUCUAGUCCCAAGAGUAGGACAUAGCCAUAUCGAACCUACUGACCCUCAUACAUGCACACACAAGAAGAGGCUGACACACUGUGAGCCUGUUUAUUUUUCAUUAUACCUCAAAGUAAUUACAGAUGGGCAUUCUCCACACUCCAAGAGAAAGGCACCGCCAUAGACUUCUACACUCCCGCUGUAUGCCUCCAUUACACCACUGCCAGUUGUCCAUCUGAACAAGUAACUUCAUUUGACAAUGAUUUUCUUGAGUCUUUGAUUAAACUUGUCAAGUAUUCGCUGAACUCUGGCCUAAUUGAAGUAGACUGCUCUUAUUGUUUCUGUACUAGUUUCUGGUUCACUUCACAAUAGGAAUUGCGUCAACAACUUACUGCAAGUUGUCGUCUUGCCUGAACAUCCUUUUGUUUGCAAAAAGUGAAAGAUGUUUUCUUUGCAUAUAUUAAUUGGAGCACAGCUACAACAGAAAUGUUUCGCAAACAGUUAAAUAUGUUGCAAGACAUUACUUUUUUUUUAAAGAUACAUGUGUUUCAGCUUUUGAUUGGGAAAAUGGCCGUAGAAAGAAAUAGAAAUGUUGCUAAAUGCUCCUUCAUUGUCAAUGGCUGUACUUGUCAAGAUGGACUUCUACGAGUGAUUUGUGAUGUUUAAUUGCAAAAAUGUAUUUCAGGCUUUGUGUGACUGUUUAUGGAAACGUUUUGAUACCGAAGACUACAAGGCAGCAUCAGUUGAGUGUUCCUGCGAAGGGAUUGCAACCACAGGCAACUGGGUGGGGGCCAAUUCAGUUUACACUCAGGGGAUGGAGUUUAAGUUAGAACUUAGCUAAACAUUUUAAAUUCUGUUACGCUAAUAUAAAAUAUAUCAACCAUAUUAUCAAACCAAGUUCCUAUCUUAAACUAUAACACAAGCACAUUAUGGAUUAGUUAAAAGCUUAUAAAUGAUCUCUAUAAAAAAAUCUAGCUAAACAUGCACUUUUUGUGCACAGCAUAUAUUUUAGAGGCUUUAAGGAGAAAAAAAAAACCAUUUGUAACAGAUGUAUUGCGUGACAUUUUGAAUUGAAACCCUUCACAUGUCAAGAAUCUGACUUUUAAACUAACACACCGAACUCUGAAUGCACCUUUGGACCAGUUGCGUUGGCAAGUUGAAUUCAACCCUGUUGAAGACAAGUUGGAGGAGGAGGGAAAGAGAAAAGAGCAAAUCUGCUAGCUUCAGUUCCCCUUCCUUCCAGCUCUCUUUUAGCUAUAACUAUAUACUAUUUGACAAACUAGAAAAUUAAAUGUAUUAUGUAUUAUCAAUCCAUUGACUUCAACAAAAGCACAUAAUGUCUGUAAAUGGUAAUCCUUUGGUUGUCUUUUCAUUCUGAGUGAUUGAUUAUCAUCUCUCGGUUUAAUGAGAUUGUAACUCCUUGAGUAUUAAUAUCACGUUGCUGGUGUUUCUAUGAUCGUAAUGGUUAUUGCAGGGUAUUUAUACAUUUUGAAAUAUUUUCUUUUUGUAAUUUUUUUAUAUUCCUGUUUUGACUUUUCUUUACAUUGCUUAUGUACACUAAAUUCAGUGGUGUUACGUGGAACGCAUGUGCACAAAGUGAGAGGGUGAUCAUGUGUAAAUUCAUCUUUAAAUCAUAUUGUUUUUUAUCAUUUCAUCACAUUUAUUUGUAUAGAGAGAGUUGACUGAGCGUGCAUGCUCUUUUUCAGCAACACUCUGCAUCACCUCACAUUUACUUUCACAUUUUCACUGGCAACCGCCAAGUAGUUGCUGGUUAUUGAGUGGCUUCCCUGGAACAACUGGGCGCUACCUGCCUUGCUCAUGGGUAAAUUGCUAGUUGUUAUGUACUGUGAAUGUUAUGUUGUGUUUUAUUGUUGGAAAAUCCUUCCCUUACUUCGUUUUCACAAGUCAUUUGUCUUUAUGACUUUCAUUUUCUAUAUAUAUAUAUAUAUAUAUUAUUUUUUAUCAUGUACUCUUAAUCUUUCUGUCCGUACUUUAUUUUUUAUUUGAUAUUUGAUCUUCUUUUUUUUCAACUUUACCCUCUUUCAUCAACAUUGAGAUUAAUUUCCUAACAGGCUUUUGUUCUCUUUUUUUUCUCUAAACAUUACCAACGUAGCCUAAUAAUCAGUGUUUUUUAAUGUUCUGACAAGUGUAUAAGUGUUGACGAUAGAAUUUAUAUUAAUCUACUUAUUUUAGUGGUGGUAUGUAUUGAUAUUCUUAAUGUUAUAUUGUUUCAGAGUUCCUAAACCUGUAACUUUGGGGUAUAAAGGCUUCACGCCUGCCUGUGACAUAUUGUCAGUAGCCUAAGUGCUGGGACAGUGGGCUAAAUGUGGUCUGUGUUGCUGUUGUCAGUGGUAUUUACAUGAUUAACAAUUGAGAACAACAAAAUGCAUCAGCAUGAUGCUUCUGAGAUAUGUGAAAUGUAAUAAUAAUAAUAAUAAUAAUAAUUUAAACUUAUAUAGCGCCUUUCAUGGUACCCAAGGUCGCUUUACAAAUAGGGAAAUCACUCAAUGCGUCCAAAUCCUUUUUAUUACCUUUUGUAAAGAAUGUUUAAAAGCGGACAUUCUGUUUCUUUGUUUUAAGUUCAUAUCCUGAUGUGAAAAAAAGCCAUUUAAAAAGCCACCGGCUCCUUUUCCCAACACUUUGGCCACUGACAAGAGUCAGACCUGAAACUCUUUGAAUGGAGAACUGGUAUAUUUCAAUCAGCAGACUAAUACAUUUAAAGGACCAUAAGGAAAAGGGGAAGCAAUACAAUAUACUGAUCCUCGCUGGUAAAAACAAAAAAUAUAAGAGGUAUAUAUACAUAUAUAAAAAUAUAUAGAUAUAUUCAUUAAAGUUCUAUAUGAAAUUGUGGUUUUGUCAAGUGAAUUAUUGAGAGGAAAAAAACAAUGAAAUACAGUUUUGAUUUUUUAAUUUAACAUCAACUCCAAGGUGUCUGUCUACCAAGCAGACCCAUAUGACCAUUACAAGAACCAUUCAAUAAUAAUCUGGUCUGUCAAAUACAGU